UUCCGCGGGCGGGGCGGAGAGCGGGUCUCGGAGUCGGAGGGAGAAGGACGUCGCUGGAGUAAGAAGAGGAAAAAGGAGCUUCGUUUUGGGGGAAGAUGGGGGUCCUCCUCCUCCGCUGGCCCCCCCUGAUCCUGGGGGCGGCUGCCCACCUGCUGCUGCUCCUGGACUGCGCAGGCUCCACUUCUCACUCCCUGCGCUACUUCUACACAGCUGUGUCUGAGCCUGGCCAGGGGCUGCCCCAGUUCAUUACUGUGGGGUACGUGGAUGACCAGCAAUUUGUUCAGUACAACAGUGACACCCAGGAGGCGCUGCCUCAGGUCCCCUGGAUGAGGAAGGCGGAAAAGGAGGAUCCUCACUACUGGAAGAUGAGCACGCAACUCUUUCAGGACACUGAGAGAGUGCUGUGGCGGAACCUGGUAACCCUGCAGACUCGCUUCAACCAGAGCGGAGGUUUUUCCUCCCUGCAGGAGAUGCUUGGUUGUGAGCUAAGGUCAGACGGGCGCAAAGAAGGGUAUUGGCAGUUUGGCUACAACGGGAGGGACUUUAUCGCCUUCGACAAGGAGACCCUCACCUGGACAGCAGCCGAUACAGGGGCCAAAGUGACCAAGAACAAGUGGGAUCCUAUCGUGGAGCAGAACAAGUACCGGAGGGCCUACCUGGAGGAGACUUGCAUUGAGUGGCUGCGGAGAUACCUGGACUAUGGGAAGGAGACUCUGCUGAGGACAGAGGCUCCGGUGGUGAAGGUGACCAGGAAGGCAGACUAUGACGGCCUGGAGACCCUCGUUUGCCAAGUCCACGGCUUCUACCCCAAGGAGAUUGAUGCCAACUGGGUGAGGGACGGGGAGGUCUGGCAGGAGGGGACCCUCCGAGGAUUGGUCGCCCCCAACUCGGACGGGACCUACUAUCUCUUGCUCAGUGUCCAGAUCGACCCCGAGGAGAGGGAGCGCUUCCGGUGCCGCGUGGAGCAUGACAGCCUGGAGAAGCCUCUGGACGUGGCCUGGGAGAAGGAGCCUGGUAACCUGAGGCUCAUUGUGGGAGCCGUCGUGGCUGCUAUCCUGCUGAUCUCUGGGAUCAGCAUCUCCAUCAUCUGCAGGAAACAGAGUGAGAAAUCAGCCUACAAAGCAGCCUCAACAAGCGACCAGGGGUCCGACAGCUCCACCAAGGUUUCAUACCAGCCCAGUGUGUGAGAUGAGACCAGAAGGACCCUGCCCAAGUUUGGCUGUGAAUUGCAGCGGCUCAGAGCCCCUCCUGUCCUUUAAUGCUGUUUAUGAUGUUUCUUAAUCCUGGCUCUCACCCAUCCAUUCUGACUCCAGCUGUAACUUGAAUUUGAGGGUAAUCAUGCUUUUCUGAUGGAUUUUGGCCAAUUUUGCUUUGCAGCUGAUUUUCAGAAAUGUGUUUGUAUUAAUCAGAAAUGUGCCAGAUAUGCACAACUGACAGCUUUAAAAAAGGAUGGGGAGAUUGAGCAGCGAUUUUGACGGUAUCUCUUGGUUCUUUGUUGCUGUGGUUCCCUCCACAAUCCCUUCCCCAAUCUUGUGUCACUCACUUUCCAUCCAAAUUGAAGGAAAGGCAACAUUUGAGAACUGCUUUAGGUGUAUUAUGCAUGAAAUAGGCUAAAUUGUUACUGCCGACCUGCCUCUUGGGCCGCCCAGCCUUUGGCUAAACGGAUGUCAUGUCAUGGAAUGUAUAAAAGCAGCCUAACUGCUCUGGCUGAGUGUUUUCCACCCACCUUCUGCGUGAGGAAGUGAAGAAACUGGCAGGGAGGGAUGGUUGGCAAGGAGGAGGGAUGCUUAGAUGCUCAGGUGUUGAAGCUGAAAGAGAGAAGGAACAGAGUGGCUGAAGAGAGAGGCGACUUUCCUACAGGAGAUGAGAGGAAUUCUUGCUUCAGAUUCUGCUGACAGCCAAGGAUGAAGCCAGCAAGGAGAAGAGGCAGAUCAGGAGCUUCAUGGCCACAGUUUGAUCUGAAAUAAGCAGCCCCUUCUUUUGGGCUGCAGGCCUCCAGUUCAUGAGACUUGUUGCCUGGUCCCCACAGCCUUCUAGAAAGGGUGACCCACUGGGAGUGGGGCCACAUGAACUCUUCCAAGUAAACUACCUUUGUUGCCUUCAA